AUGCGUAAUCAUGCUUAGCAGAGGCCCACAUCCCCCACCUUAUGGAACUUUGUUUCAGAAUUAACAUGCAACCAUUGCCUUAAUCAAUCUUCCACCAUUUUAUUAACCUCUUACACUGAAAAUUAGGAAUUAAUAGAUGACGUAUUUUAAUAGUCUGCUGGUUAAUUUCCAAAAUAAUUAAUAUCCGUUACUAUGUAUUUCUGUAUCUGAACAACAAAACUUUAUUUAGCUUUAGCUUAAAAACAAAAGCUGUCUUAUUCCUGAGCACUAAACUGGACUUUUCUUCCUGGAAUCACAUUAGCAUCUCUAAACAAAAAGUCAGGGGAAAUUACAUAUGAGUGAUGUCACGGAAGGUCCCUCAGCAAAGUACAUAUACAGCGAGUGCAGAGGAAGCACAGCAAAGUGGAACAGUGAAACAGUGAAAAUGAGGCUGCAGCUCAUUGUCUUCUCUGUGCUUAUCCAGGUUUCACUCUCAGAAGAGAUGGAGAAUGUGACUGUGCUGAAGGGCCAUACUGUGGAGCUACACUGUCCCCUCAUUAAAGCUCAUCAGGGUAGUGUUGAGUGGAAGGACCCAGACAACAAUAUUAUGUUUUUCAACAGUGUUUCAGCAUUAAAAGACAAACGAUACAGCAUCAUCAAACUGUCCAGCUCAGAAUUCUCCAUCAGUAUCUCUAAUGUCACCUUUAAGGACGGAGGUGUCUACACAUGCAGACAAUAUGGACCCAAAGUUUCAGUGAAGAAAGUGAUGAUGACAGUAUUGGAUUUUCCAAGAAUGAUGGUAACAAGGGAAGGAGGAACGUCUUCUGUAAAAUGUCGCGCUAAAGGAAACCGCCAACCUCCCAAGAUCACUUGGAAAUUUGAAAAUGGAUCUAGAUUUGAAGUUCCUGGAACCAUAUAUGAAGAAAAUAAAACUUUUGUCACAGAGGCAAUCUUAAAGGUUCAUCAUGAAACGAGGAGAGUCACUGUAAAGUGCCUUGUUCACCUCCCGGACAUGCAUGCUGAGCCUUUGAUGAAUUUUGUGAAAGUUGGACGACAGAGAGAAAGGCCCAUCCUCAGGUCCACAUUCAGUCCAUCCACAGCACAGCCUCAGAAUUCUGUGCCGGUACUGAGGACGACUCUAAGAUCCUUGAUUCAUGGUAGCCCAUCAGUACCACAAACAACCACAAACCUAAAUGGUCCCUCAUUGGAGGGGUCUUCCUCUGCCCACAAUGAGGCGCUUGCUGUAACUGAUCCAAAGACUUUCACAGUGACCCCUGCCCCUCCUGCAGGCCCCGCUACAUCUGUACACUCAUAUCUCAACACUGGUGAGGAUUUGCUUAACUCUACAUUACCAGACCAUAUUUGGAUGAUGAAUGACACCACCAGUGAAACAGCAAACACUACAGCUGGUUUACAAGAGGAGAUUAUCCUAUAUAAUACUACAGAGAAAAACUUGACAGAUUCUUUUGACUCCAAUAGGAGAACAGGAAAGGAAAAGAACAACUCCUCCUUGUUAGUCCUUCUAGUGACAUGCCUCAUCUUUGCCCUUCUGAUUGUGGUCAUUUUCUUUGCUAUCAAGCUGAGGAGAGCACAUAUUGCCUGGAAGAGAGUAUUCAUUGUUGCAGAGAAUGAAGAUUCCGACCCAUCAGAAGCAAGCAACAAAUCUAAGUCCAGCCAGGAAGAGAACUCUCAAGGCCAAAGGCGAAGAGGACUCUUCAACACGGUAUUUGCACAAUAUGUUGUUGAGGAUCCAACAGUAAUAACUUCAGUGGUGAACCCAAAUGCUAUGACUUCAAAAGAAAGUGGCACCACAGUGCAGAUCUCUCAAAGCAAGAUGGAAGCCAGAAGUGACAUAAAGGAGACUUCGCUUUGAUAGCAUGAAAUGUUGGAAAUGUUGACAUCACUGGCUUAACUGCAUCUGUAACAGUUCCAGUUUCUAAUCAACAAUGAUUACAAGGAGCAGCACAAUAAAAGGAGGCAAGACCUAUCAUUGCAUUCCUAAACAUUAUUAUUGUAAAGAUAUACCAUUAUGGAACAGGCAAUAGAAGAUCACAUAUUACCAAGAUGUGCAUUGUUAGCAUCAAAUACUCAAAUGCAAACAAGCUUUGUUAUACUAUUUGUGAAUGUAAUGUAUAAAGCUGCCAAAAUCCGAAUACUACAAAAAAAAAAAAA